UCCGCCUCUCAUGUUUUUGCUCCGAGUCCCACUAAGCGGACCAUGCGGCUGUUCACCGUCUCAACUUUGCUCCUGUUUUUCCUCAGCUCAGGUAAGGACGCACAGCUUCUCUUUCGAAACACUUCACCGGAUUAAAGUCCGAUUUACAGACAAUCGUUAGACACUAAAAACUUAUAGUUCCUUUUUUUGGAGAGAGAGCGCGCACAGCUUGGAGCGAUGCGCGCUGAUCCAUCGCUGUCUUUUUUCAAAGUUGAACAGAUUUCUGAUCUGUGCCUCCGCUUUAUGAUGAGGGAAAACUUGAAUGUACUGAGAUUAAAGUAUCGAUUGCCACAUAUUUAUUAUUGACACCCAUAGGAGAUUGUUGUCGCUUAAAGCUUGGUGUGGCACGCGCUUUGCGCCUUGAACGAUAUAGGUAAGUUUUCAUAGAGGCUGCAUCAACAAUGUUGAAACCAUCGACUCCAGUUCAAACAGUGAAAUGUCUCCCUGAUUUUUACCUCUUCUUCAUCACCAAUUGCUCCAGACUAUUUCAUCCGUGGCGGAGGGAGAGCUUUUUGUUGAGUAUAAAAUAAUAAUUACAAUAAAUGUAGUCGAGUAAAACUUACAAUAUAUUUCAUUGUGAAACGUGAUGGAGUGAAUAAGAUAACAUGGAAAUACCCAAGUAAAGAACAAGUACCUUCACUGUACUCAUGUAAAUGUGCUUCGUCACAUUCCAUCACCGAAAAUACUUCCACUAUUAAGUCUAUUAAUCAAAUCUCCUGUUCAAUGCAUUACUGUCCACUGCCAGGCAAAGUUUUACAGAUGAUGACCAAAGGUUGUCCUUCUCAAUGCCAACAAUAUGUUUAAAUCUGCAGCAAAUGCAAUAUUCAUUCUCAUUUCUGAUGUAUGUGGUUGUAGAAGCCCCUUAUCAGUUUUUAAAAUAUUGAAAGAUGCUUGGAACUGGUCUUUUGAAACAUAAAUAAGGAAAGAUUAUAAGCCAAAACAUUUUAAUUGUCAAUGUAGUCUGAAUAAAUUGAUGGGUCAAUGCAUUUGUGACUUGAGGGCAUCCCGACUGGUUCAUGAAAAACUGUUCAGUCAUUCAGAUAAAUCAUUCAAUAAAGCAUGUUCACUGUCAGCAUAUCAGUUUUUCAGUAGAAAAUACUGAGAUAUCGACAAUCAAAGCCGGACGUGAUGAAAUGUUGCCAAACAUGUUGCCAAAAUAAAUGUACCACCAGCAGCUCCAAUGCAGCUGAAUAAUGGAGCAUGUCUGUCACAUCAAUUUGAGAUGGUCGGAGUGCAAGGAACCAAAAGUCAGAAUGUUCAAGAAAAUGAAAACUGAAUUUCACUCAGAGAUGGAACUCUCUUUAUUCAUGAUACGACAAAAAAUAAAUGGAGCAUGUAAAUGAAAAAUGAGUAAGUGUUGUGGCUGAUGGUGGAGACCUGCUGAAAAUGAUCAUGAAAAUACAAGGAUUAAAUAAUUAGGGGAGAAACAUGUGAUCAAAUAUGUGACCAAAAAACUUCUAAUACAUAGACAGAGAGCAAUUUUUUUUAUUACAAGUUCUCUGAAAUUGUAUGUUUAAAUAUGCAAAGUAGGCAAUAACUUAUUAAAUAUGUGCUCAUUUGCAUACAUUUCCAGAACACAAAUCUGAACACUGGAUAAAGCCAGAUUCAAAAUUCUUGUUCAGUUUUGUUGACAUGUUAGAGUCAAAGGUUCUGAGGGAAUUUGGAUAUCUCUUUGUAUCACUCAUAAAUCAGAAAAUAUACAGUAAUGUCAACAGCCAUAAAUUAGGCUAUGAAUGAUAUAUGAACAAACUUUUUAGUAAAAACCUUUCAGAAUAUCGAUAGGAGUGCAACUGGAAAGUUUGUCUAUACUUAAGUGCUACUGAGGUGGAUAUUGUGACUCACAGUUUGAGAAAAAACUAAUUUUGAGAAACCUGAAUUCAAAGAAAUGUAUAAUUCCAUACAUUUUGAAGAUGCUAUAGGUGAAUAGUGUAAAAAAUGCAACUAAUAGAUAUCAUCAUGAAAUUCCAUAGAUGAUUACCUACACUAAGACAAUUAUUUGUACAAGGUUUCUGAAAUUCGAUGGUUAAAUAUGCAAUAAGUCAUUAUCUAAUGCUAACUUUGGAUGAAUUUAGGCGAAAUCUACAGAUGCAAAUAGACAAAGAAGUAAAAUAAACACCUACUUUUGUAUUUGGGAUGUUUUCUUUCCACUAGUCUGAGAGAAGACACGUUAUCAAAGGAAAAUAGAGCAAAAUCGCAAAAUUGACUAGUGCAUGAAAAACAAUGUUUUUGCCUGGGGUUACUCCCCAAUGUGUGUGUGUGUGUGUGUGUGUGUGUGUGUGUGUGUGUGUGUGUGUGUGUGUGUGUGUACGUGUUGCAGGGCUGGCUCUGCAGAUCCAGUGCUAUCAGUGUGAGGAGAUGACACACGACUGCUCCACGCCAGAGUUCAUAGUCAACUGCACUGUGAACGUGCAGGACAUGUGCCAGAAGGAGGUUCUGGUGAAGGAUGAUGGGAUACACUAUCGCAAGUCCUGCGCCUCGUCGGGAGCCUGUCUUAUCGCCUCGUCUGGUUACCAGCAGUUCUGCAGCGGCAAGCUCCACUCAGUGUGCAUCACCUGCUGCAACACACCGCUGUGUAAUGGACCACGGCAGAAGAAACGACCCCAACCAUCGGCGGCCAUUACACUGACCACGCCGCAGCUCCCCGUGUUUUCUCUCUAUGUUUUUCUGCUACUGUCCUCCACACUGUGCUGACAGACCUUCACACGCUGAGUUAACAUGUGUUUUGACAGUGGAGACAACUUGAACUGGAACUGUACUAACUAACUGAGACAGUGAGGAAUACAUACUGUGAAAUGUAUAUUCUUUGAGCAGGGAAACGUUUGCACAGUACUUCUUCUCUGGACUUCCAUUCUGUCGCAGCUUGCCUCCAAAUGUAAUUUUGGGAAUUUGUUUUUAUCAUCACAUGUGUCAUGUCACAAACAUGGUCGCGGUGCAGCUACAAGGGCAGGUGGGUAUAAGGUGAGGUGGAGGACAUGGAACAGCUUCUGGCUAUUUUGUUGGGCAGCAGGUGGCUCAUUCGCAUCUGUCUUUGUUUACUUGCACUACAAGGUCAAAUACAACAUAUUGCAGGAAAAAUAGUAAGUUCAGAUUCAUCAUUUAUUCUCUGAGCCUGAGGAAAAGCUCUACAAAAUAUAUAACGCUGUGAUUUAUUCUAGAUCAAUACCCUUACCUGGGACAAUCACAGAUUCUUCUAGUAUUGACGAAAUGAAAAAGACAAUGUAUGAUAUGUAUGACAAUGAUACUGUUUAAUGAUUCGGUGCAGUCUGGAAAAAGGUAUUUGAUGAAGAAAAUCACACAUGCUAGUCAUCAUGUUCAAACCACCUACAGCCCUAAAGCCCCUCACAGAUACAACAUCAUCUCAUCAGUGGAGGCCAUGGAAAAGUUGUAUCCAGAAACUUUCCUCCACUAGUUCUGUCACAACCAUUUCUGUCUGCUCACAAAAAUUGUACAUAGAGCUGCAAAAGCAUGUUGAAAUACAUAAACCCUUUUUCAAACUACUUACUACAUAUUCUUUGUAUUUAUAAUGACUAGAACCGUUUGCAUUGAGGUUGAGCAGCAGUAGUACAGUGAGUGUGUGGUACGAUAAGGGGCAUCUAGACUGCUGAUGGACUUUGAAGAAAGAGUUCUGAAGUUACCCUAAAAGUUAUGCUAGUUCCCUACGAUCAGGGAAUAUGUUGCGUCAGUAUGCAUACCAUGUCAGAGAUUAUUUCAGAGCCACAUAUAUUAUGACAAGACGUAAUGUGAUGAGCUAAAAGUCGUUGGUGUUGUCCAUCUGAAUGUAAUAUUCCGUUGCUUUUGCAGUGGUUGAGUUGUUGGUUUUGAGGUGACCUGAACCUUAAAGGUGCCCUGUGGAGUUUUGUGGAGUGUCCUGGAGUUCUAACAAACAUGUUGAAUGCAUUUUUACAGCCAAUAUUUUGAGAUCCGCAUGGCCAACGCCUGUGUUCACACCAGCUUACUGUCGUCUUCUGCCUCAUCUUUGCCGAUGCAUUGCUAAGUAUCUUAUGGCUUCAGUGCCACCAGCUGUCAGUGAGUGCAAUAACAUGAAGCCACAGGACUUCAUAUUGCUUGCCCGACAUGAAUGUAUUAAGAGAACUGAUUACAAAAUUGUUCUAAGAUGGCCACCAGGUUCAUAUUAUGCUCAUUGUAUCAUAUAUCAGACACAAUGGUCUCCCAAGAAAAGCGCCCCAAAACAACACACAUUUACAAAAUAAAUGCAGCGCCCUCUAGCAGCAAACAAGGAAGACACGUGACGUUGUUGUAGAGCAGUGUUUUCCCAACUUUUUUUUCUGGGGACCUACUUUUUAAUAAUGACAAACAAUCGUGACCUAACUCACAAUAGGCCUCAUCUGUAAAUCGUGAGAAGAAUCCCAUUUUUGCAUAAAUGAAUGUUCCUGACCAUUGUUACUGCCAUUUCCGCAUCAUCUUAUAUUGUCUUGAAUAAGUGAACCAGCCAUAUGUUUGAUAAAUCUCGACCCUGAUAAAAUCUCCUGUGACCCACCUGUGGGUCCCGAACCAGUCUUUUAUAGAGCAACAAAACAUUUGAACACAGGAGAUUGCUGUUCCUUUCCCAUUUUCUUUUAUCCACAACCUCAAUCGUUUCCUUACCCUAGCCACAUGUUUAUUACUGUAACCAUGAUGACAAAUAUAGUGAAGUUAUUUUAACAGCAAAAAUUCCCUAUUUUUUAUCAAGUACAAUUUUAAACGCAAACCAUGAUCUUUCCCUAGAUAUAACCUUUUUGUGUCCAACCCUAACCAAACCCUAGCCAAAGCCUUGUCUCACCAUAAAACAGUUUUAUUCGUAUAACAGUAAUUUGAAACUGCCGAUAGGGCUGUCAGAUCACAAAAUGCUUCUGCACGUUGUUCUAGAGAUCAACUUGUCAUACUGUCACUCUUAAGUGUGUAAUAAAUGAACUGUUGGACAACAACAUGUAGGAUACAACUUCAUUUUUAUGUCGGCCAACAUACCAACCUCGUGAACAUGAGGAUAUUAAUGUUAUUGGGACAUCAAAGUUUAAAGGACAUUCAAUACAUAGAAAACCACAGUUUGUUCCAAUGAAAGUUGGAUGACACAAAAAGUUUUAUUGGUUACUUGGGCUCGUACAUUUUUGGGAGCAUUGAGCCUAAUGAGGGACCUAAAGGCUAAAAUGCUAAUAAUGAGAGUCCUUUUGUGACGAAUGUAAGGAAAAGUAGUCUUGGCCGGUGCAUAUCAACUGACCUGCUAUUCCAACUGUGGCCACUAAGCUAGAAUCACCUUACAGCUCAGUGCUGUUCCGAGGGGCCUUGUUAUGCACUGCACAUGUGCAAUCAUCUGCAGUCAACAUGAAAGUACAAUGAGUGUUAUGAGUGUACGUGUGUCCUCGUGGGAUGUUUGCCCACGAGAUGCAAACAUCCAAAAGGAGCCGCACUGGUGGUCAAAAACUCUGCUGGGUACCUUUAACUUUAACUCAAGCUGUGAGGGUCUUUAUGUUGAACUGAAUAUUUCAACGUUUGUAUAAUAAUUGUCUGACUUGAUAACAAUUUCUUGCAGAGUCCCAUCAAGCUUCCUAAUCGUGCCAAAUUGUCAUCUGAUCAUUUCUGACUUAACUUGCUGUGUUCACUGUGUAUAAGGAAUUUCUCUUUAUUUGUUUCUGAUGGCACAGCACAAGCAGAUGUAAUUGUACUGUUCAUUGUGUUGCAUUAAAUUGUACAACACACUAUA